UCGAAUCAUUCAGUACGGCGUGUCGUGUGUUCCACUCGGUUUUUACCGCCAUGCCUGACGAGUAGUUUUGGAAAAAGUGACGAAAUCCAAAAAUCACGUGCGGUGUCGUUCGCGACAAGGGAUAGUCCUUAUUUUGAUGAUCGAAUUGCGGACACGAUCGCAUCGUUAAUGCGAGUGGCACACGGGCAAAAAACCGAAUAAGAAUAGCGCGUUGCGUUGCUGCCGAGCACAAAGCCGCCGACGAGUGGCGCGUCUGUGAGAACGAGUCUCCUUGGUGAACGUGACGUAAUUGUAUUGAUCGCGCGGAGGAAGGGCCCGAAAGUCGCGCAUUCGCCAUCUUGGACGAAUUGUGGAAAAGAAGUUUCUGUGUCCUGUAGGCGCGGUGCGAUUCUCGGAAGUGUAAUCCGCAACGAUCCGUGCGUUAUAUAGUUUUACCGGAAGUUAAUCCUAUUGUGAAGUGGUAACCCAUUUGGACGGACCAAGACAAAGGGUUCGUUCUUUGGGUCUGAUUGGUACUAAAUGGUUGCGUGCAGACAGCAUGUCUACUCUGUCAGGGAUUGUGUCGAAGGGGGAGAAAGGAAAAUCCAAGUUUCAAUCACUAGAUAUCAAUAGCUUGUAUCGGGUGAGUAGGGGCGAAUCUUUGGAACCACAUCAGCAAAAAAAUACAUUACCGCGCAAACAUGGAAUGCAAAGUCUUGGAAAGGUGCCUUCGGCACGGCGUCCUCCUGCUAAUCUGCCCAGUCUAAAGAGUGAACAUAGUAGCAGUGAUCCAGCUGUCAGUCUUGUGCCAAGUGGUGGAAGUGGUUGGGCUACUACUAAGGAUUCAGUGUCGUCGACCACUACUACUACCACAGUAGCAGCAACUUCACUUGAUAACACUACUGUAAGUACUACUGUCUCCUCAACAGCACAAUGCACUGCAGGGACCACUGUCUCAACAUCCCUACACUCGCUAUUACCGGGUCAACAAAAUGCACCACAAUCUUCAUUUCUGGAUCAGGCAAACAACAAAUCGUCAUGGAGCGCGAUUAUGAGCAGAUCAGGAGAUGUGGUUGGUUACGCGGGGCUCGUGGGGGGCGCGAAAGGGGGAAGAGGUGCCCUUGGACUGAGUUUCCUCGCCCACCAGUCCCCGCAGUUCCAACACGAGUUCCCCAGUCUCAGUGGACAGCCCUCUGCCUCCGUCUCCACUCAGAGCCAGACUCAACAGUCCUCAACAACAUCCAAUGCAAUCUCAGUCGCAGUCCACCAUUCGUUGCUACAGCAACAGUCAUAUGCCCACAACCACUCAGGUGCCACACCAGCAGGUCAACAACAGUUAAAUCGGGAGUUAAAUGCGCAAUAUGGCCCAGGACCAAGCCUGCGUCCACAAACCGAAGGAAGUUGGAUUCAAGGCGGAAGUCGUACGGCAAGUGGUGCGGCGCCAGCAACACCAGCUGGUCCCGGAAGUGGGAAUACUCAGGCGGGCCAGGGCCUCCCUUUGAACAUACCUGGCCCAGGAGGGCAUACCCAAGAGGGGCCCGGUGGAGGGCGGCAGAACUUGGCCCAAUCGCCCAACAUGGUCGUGGGCCAGGGAGGCCAGCAUAAUACUGCAAAUAAUCAAGGCUCUGUACCUCCUGCCGGCGCCCAUCAAAUUGGGCCAAAUAUGCACUAUCGGGGAUUUAUUCCGCCAUUUGUGUAUAGAGGAAGUUUUCCUGGGGCAUUUUCUCCACAAUUUCCAUCAAAUUCUGGAUCCAACAGUCCCAGACCUAGAUUCAAUUACCCCCUGGAUCGACUUCCGAUUCCUCAACGCGAACGCGUGGCCGAGGAAGAGAUUAUAACUAGACCCAUCAUUAAGGAAGAAGAUCUUACUCGUAUGGAUGAUAUUUCACGUGACGCAGGAUGGGCCGCGCACGAUGAUAUUGAUUAUAACCAAAAAUUGGCCUUUAGCGACGAUGAAACCGAACCAGAAUCAUCAAAAACCGAUGAGAAAAAAGACCCCAAGGAGAAAAAGAGCGACGACAAUGCCGCCGAGGAGAAGGAGAAGCUCAGAGACAAUCGUGAGUCGAAGGAGCUUCGUGAUCCUCCACAUCGUCCUUGGACUCAAUCUUCCAUGACUCGCGAUUACCGUGGAUCCAAUGGCGCGAGUGGUGGUGGUGGUGGUUACGCUGCUCAGUCGCAAUUGCACUCUUUGCGAGGUGUUGAAGAUGACGAAGCGUGGAACGAAAGACGUAGACUCAAGGUUGAAGUCGCAUCCGUUGUCGAACGUGCACGACAACGCAAGGAAGAAGAAGAGAAACGUUUCCAGGAAUCUACUAAACAGGCGGCAGCUAAGAAAUUGCAGGAUUUGGAACAAAAGUUGAAAGAGAAACAGGCGAAGCACAAGGACGAGGAACGCGCGCAGUCCGGCGAGUCCAAGAGCUUGAUUACCGUCCCUCCUGUGCCUCUUCCUAUACCUGAGUGGGAACGAGAGAAGGAGAAUAGGGAGCGCGAGAACAGAGAACGCGAUCGCGAGCGGUCUCGCACCUCGUCCGAAGGCAAGGACGAAAAGUCCGUUGGACGCGAUUCACGCGACAAUCUGCGCGACAGUAGAGAUCAAGGGCUGACGGACUUUCGGCAGAACGAUCGACAGAACUUCCUGCGACAACAGGAUGCUGUGCGCAGUGAGCGCGAAAGAGAACGCGAUCGCGAUCGUGAUCAGAGAGACUCGAGAGAUCGCGAACAGCCGGCGUUCUCUCGGCACUUUCAGAAUAACUUGCCACCCAGAUUUCAGAAGCAGCAAGCGGAAAGGAGCAAUGCGAAUUUUAAUCGCAUUUCACCUAGCGCCGAAAGAUCUGCUUCUCAAUCCGUUCCAUUUUCCCAACAGUACGAUCCUGGCAGAUGGCUUCAUAACUACAACUCCUUGAUAGAUAAUGGUAUGAAGUCAUCCAUGCCGCCGCAACGUCGCAGCAGAACCGAUUCAGACGCGUCCGUACCGAUGGACGACGAGCGGCCUCCGUCUCGCGAUCAUCGCGGUAGUGCGCCACUAACGAGGGAAGACCGUUAUCGACAUUCUUCGCAUCGAUCGUACGAUAGUCGCAAGCCGGGUGGCUAUUACGACGAGUACAGCCGUAAUUUCCGCGAUUAUGAAUAUGAUGACAGACAUCCUCGUGAUUCCUGGGAACGUGAAAGACACUUCGACGAUAAGGAACGCGAUUCUAAGGAGAAUCUGGACUCAAGAGACAAUCGGGACAACCGAGAUGCUCGCGACGUCAAAGACUCUCGUCCUACCAGCCGUGAUGCUCGGGACGUGAGAGAUAUGCGCGAUCGGGACAACAAAGAAAAGAAAGAUUACGACAAUUACUCAAAGGACUCUUUCGAUGAACGAGAGCGUGAACAAAGAGAGCGCCCUGAGAGCUCAGAGUGGCGUGAAGAACGUAAUUUGGGGCAAGAGCGUCAACUCGAAAUCGGUCGUCGUGACGUACCGAAAGAGGAACGCAGUGAACGUCCGCAACGACCGGACUCGCGUGACAGUCGUACUUCCAGAGAAUCGAAAACGUCUUUGCGCGACGACGAGCUGCACAAAUUGCGUGACUGUAAUUCUUGGGUCAGUGAGGUAUCUGAUUAUGAGGAAAAAAAACGGGACUUGUACCACGAGGAAGCUAGGGAGAGAGAGAGGGAACGAGACAGAGAUAGAAGACAACCUCCUGGUCCAGUUACUAAGGAAAAAAUUGAAGCAGACGAACUGAAGAGUGAGAAGCGCAAUCUCACUCAAUUGAAGAGAGGCAGUUCCGAUCAGGAGAAGAAAGACCAGCCGAAGGAGAGUUCCACUGAGACGAAGAAAGAAACGGAUGCAUGGAUCAGGAAAACUGAGCGUAAUUUGGAGAGUAGACCGAUCGAACGCGGUGACAACUCGCCGAAGGCAUGGGCAGAUGCAAUAUCGCCGACUUUCGAGAAAGAGGAGGAGAAACUAGCGGAAGCCGCUAAAGACGGCAAGGAAAACGACGAAAUAAUGAAGCAGAGCUCGUUGGACAAACCGCCGUUAGAAAAGAGAGAAGAAACUGUGGUCGAGGAUGCCAAGGAUCAGCUGAAGGACGAAAAGCGCGAGAAGAAUACACGCAACAGAACGAGCAGCGGCAGUUCUAGUUCUAGAGUACGGGACUCCCGUGGCGGACGUCAAUGGGGAGCUUUCAGCGUGUACGCUCGCGGUUGGCGCGGACCGGAACCAAGGGGACGGAGAAGCGGUCCGCGACCUUCCGGGAAGUCCGGCAUGUCCAGCAAGAGCGGUUCUUACGGCCAUUCCGACUCCGAGAAUAGCGCCGACGAGGUGUCCGGCUCCACCGAAUCCGGUAAGGAGGACAAACGCUCGGCGCGUUCGCCGAAACCGUCGCAGAAGCUCGAGAAGGAGGAUCGCAAUCGUGAUCUGUCGAGACGCGACGAAAAACGAGGUGGUGACUACUCCCAGUCGCGCAGCGAGAAGAGAGCCUAUGACGGAAAGCCCAGUCACGAGGCUUUCGCACCCUCGGGUGAGCCGUCUCGUCGCGGUAGAGGCGGUUUCCGCAUUCGAAACACGACAACGGGUAGUCGUAUGGAAGGAUAUGGUCCACCGUCCAGCAAAAGUCCAUUCUCGUCGGAACGUAACGCGGACGAGAAGCAUCAGCAGCAAAACGCCGGGCGGCAGAACCCACCGACGCCAACCUCGGAGAAGGAUGUUAAUCUUAUGCAAUCCGCUCCGAUCGAGUCGACUGACGACAAGAUAAUCGCGAAGCAGCAAGCGCUCACGGCGGGCAUAACGGGCAGACGCAAUAAAUCGCCGAGUCAACAGACUCAGCAAUCUAGCAACAAGCAGGAGGCGAAUCAGAUCGUAAACGUGCCGUCGCAGAAAUCGCAGAUACGCAAGGAGGAGUCACGUUCAAAAAGAACUCGCAGCGGAAGUAGAAGGGGGAGAGAUAAUCGUGAGGCGCGUUUACGUGGUAGUAGCGGCAACGUAUCGAAGCAAGCUCAGUCGGAUGUAGGGAACGAAGAUUGGGAAACUACGUCGGAGAAUAGCGAGGAGCACGUGGAGGAUCACAAGGAAUCGCGCAACAGUCGCAACAAGCACUUCGGUGGACGAGCUAUUCAAGGCGCGAACCAAAACGCCAUUGGCACAAACGCGCACUCGCGCAGAAGCGAACAGUCGACGAACAACCGAGAGCAACGUGAAAAAAGCACCAAGUCUUCCAAUCCGGCGUCGCGAGCUCCUGGUGCAGAGAAGCGGAAUCUGCAGAAUGCCGGAUUCAGCGCCCAGAAGAAUCACACCGAUAGUAUACCACCGUUGAUGCAAAAUGCGCAAGUGCAGAAUGGCGGGAGGUCUAGAAGUCAAAGCUCGACCAACAACGGCACGAUCUCGAGUAAGUCGAGUAAUAAGGACAGCAUGGUCAAUCGUAUCGACGAGAUCAAGCUGGCCGAUCCGAACCUAGUGAAUCAAGCUUUGAGCGACCUCAGCAAGAAAUCUCAGACGAAGGACAAGAAACUAAUUGAUCCCGAGGUCGAGACGAAUAAUUGCACCGAGGAUACCGCGAAUGCCUCGGAGGAUAAAUUGGACUCCGACGGUUUCCAGGAGGUGCGGUCGAAGAAAAAUGUGAAGGAGUCUAGACACAACCAGAAGGAGGAAGCGAAACCCUCCGCCAAAAGAGAUAAAGAGAAGGAGCGCGAGCGUGAUCGUUCGAAAUCGAAGACGAACGGUUCGCAGCAGGUUUUGCAGCAGGUGCAAAACAUACCGCCCUUACUCGGCCAGAAUAUCCCCCAGCCGGUCAACAUGCCGCAGAAGCAGUACGACAAUAGAAACUCGAGGAAUCCGAGACUUGCUCCGCGAUUCCAACGUCUGGUGAAGCAACAGCAGCAGCAGAUGUGCUCGACCGACGCGAGCGAUCUGAACAAGAUGAAUAGUUCCGGCAACAACUAUGUCAAAGACUCGUCCAAUAGCCCGGCGCCUCCGCCGCCGGUUAACGCGUGGGAUAAGCCUUUCACUAGCCAAUUACGCUCGAAUUCGCCAUCUGCAGUUCCUACGGAUAUCCAAUUGAUGUCCGGUUUAACAGCUCAAAAUGAUCACAGCCACGAAGGCAAUGAGGCUAAUUCCGGACACAGUAGCCAACGAAAUUCGCCGAGUGGCGAGAAGACUAACAAGAAUCUAAAGGAGACUCUGGCGGAGAAGAACGUGUCCGACGUGUCUUCGCCGCCUGUACAAACCUUGAUUUUCGAGAACACAAAUUAUUCCAAGACCACCAAGACAAGCGGACCCGCGGAUCUGGCGGUCAAGUCGAAGUUCUCAAAUCACAUCAAGACGCAGCAACGAGCCGAGAAACGCGCGGAAAUUGAGGAGGACGGCAGUCAGGUGCAGCAGCACCAGCAGCAGACGCUUUCCGUUGCGUUCUCCAAUAAGCCGAAUGACUUGAUAAAGGACAAGAAUCAGGAACCGAUCCAGAUGCCAUUGUCGUUCAACAAGAAUGAAGAUAACGCCGAUAUGAAGUUAGACUUCACUUUCGACUCUGAUCUUUCGCAAUUGACAGAUGACAAGAGCAAGAGCCUCGGUAUGGCACGCUCCAUGCAUAUGGCCGGCGGUCAAAGCACGAUAUCGCCGUCGACCGCGGAGCUCAAUCUCAAGAUCGCGUCCGUAAAGAAAGUCUGGGAAAAUGCGACUCCGAUGCCGACCGUUGUGGAACACGAGGAUGGUAGUGUAGUCAGUAAUGCGACUAGUUUCCCGCAGGCGUUCGAGAGCGGCGACGUCGACGACAGUUACAGCCCGCACCAGCAGUACAAUCAGAACAAUAUGAAAAGCGAAAUCACAACGUCUACGAAUGUAUGCAAGCUGGUUCCCCCGCAGGUGAAGCCGCAGCAACAAUCUUCGGGGAGCAGUGGCACACAACCAGGAUCUACAGUGCCCGGACCAAGUCCCAUCGGAGCUGGUCAAAGUCCUAUUGGCCAUCCACCCGUUAGUCUCCAAGGUCCUCUAAGUCCACCUCCAUUCAAUUCUACAGGCCAACCUUCGCACAUUAACUAUCAAGAAUUCCCACAAUAUCCUGGCUCACAAGCAGCGCAAUAUGGCAGCAUGUCAGCUAUACCAUCGCCACCGGCCGUGUUGUUCAACACAGGUUCAGGACAGCUACCGGCACAAGCAGGCGGUUUAUAUGGAGCUUUUCAAUUGGAUCAAAGCAGAUCACCAUUCACGCAGUAUCCACCUUACGCUCCGUCUCUUCAAAGCUCGUUCAGCCAACAAAACGUGUACUUGCAGCAACCGCCACCGCCGCCGCCUCACGCACCGAAUGCUCCCACACCGGAAAUGUAUCAGAGCAAUUUGUCACAGUACCGCAUUACUGCGGCUGCUGCUCCUCCCUUUGGACAGAAUCAGCAACUCAGUAACAAUCCCAAUACGGUACUUAUCAGUUCGUCGUCAAAUUCUUUGAUGUCGGCCAGCGUGAAACCCUCUUCUCAACAGAUUGGUGCUAUUGGAACUAAAGCGCCACAUUUUCAGACCCCAUCGGCUCCUCAACCAAAUCAAUUGACUUACAUACCAUACGAUCCGAAUCAAGUACUCGGUGUAAGUGGCAGUUACAUGGGCAAUUCGCAGUUAGUACAAAGACCCGGUCCAAAUGUUCAAGCGUCCGCUAAUAGUUACUACAGUGCUACAUCUGCGGAUGUGUUUCCGGGCUCGCAAACAGGUUUUUAUCAAUCCGGCGGCGCUACUCAACAAACUGGUACGCACUACGGUCUGCAAGGAUUCGGUCAGCAUAGUCAGAGUUUGGCGACGGGUAGUGCAACUCCGGUCGGUCUGCAGAACUAUGGUCCUGGAUUCUUGUCGAGUUCGGGAUUGCAAAUAGCUGCAGCUGCUCAACAAUAUCGCAAUCCUACUGGCGGUUUACCAGGACCAGGGAAUGCAGCACCUACGUUUCUUAGUAAGCACCAACCGCAGGAGCAGCCCCGGCAAUUGAAGAGCCCAUCGGGAAAUCAACAGGAUGUGCUUGCUUCAGUUUUUAGCUCAACGCCUCAAAUACCGUCACCUAAAUCGAGGAAUUGUAAACAACAAUCCUCAUCACAACAACCACAACCAAGUCCUACGCAACAUCACAAGUAUCCACAAUAUCAGGGCGUUAGUCAGUCUGCUCUGGUAAGCAGCUACAAUAACUACGUUUUGCAACAGAAUGUGCGUGGAAUGGGCAUGCCACCUCGUGCAGGCCUUCAACAAUCACAGCAACGUUAUCCACCUCCUAUACAACGACCUGUAGUACCAUUUGCACCAGGUCCAAAUAAUCCCGCGCAACAGCAACCUACUUGCAUGCCUACGCAACAGCAGCAGCAGGCUCAAAUCAACCGUCACAGACCGAAUUUACAUCAACAACAGCAACAACAACGCAACAUGAAGAUGCAACAGCAAUAUUACUCACCGCAAGGAAACGUCAAGAUGGAUUCAAGUGACAAAGCUGAUAACCACAACGACAAGAUGAACGAUGGUCCUUCUGGAACACAAGCCGGGGCUAACAAGUCUAAUGUGAACCAGCAAGACAGUGAUAACAAUAAGGAAGAAGUGAAUCAGCAAAACGAGUGAACGUGAAUAUAGGUGAAGGUGAACACUCUUGUUCUUCCAUUCAUGGAAAAACAUCUAUCUUCGAUUAAACAUUUGAUAUAAUCUCGUCGACAAGGGCAAAGACUAACGUGCUUUCUUGUUUUCCGAGAAAGAAAGCGCGCGAUGUCAUACGAUGGAAUUCGUUUAACUACGAAAUCACGUGCUUAUAUAAUCGACUACCAGUUAAAUAGAUUAAACAUUUGAUUUUCGUGCUGUAUCGAAGGAAAGGAUUUAUAGGAAGGUAACAUUAUUUAUACGCACUUCCUAUUCUUUAGUUGUGUAACGGCAUAAACUUUUCGUCUCUGUGAAUUCGAAAAGACCUUUAUUAAGCAUUUCCACUAUUAAACGAUAUCGAAUAUACGUGAACAUAUUUAAGAAUGACAGAGUUAAUCAUGAGCGUUGAUACCGCUAUGGGAAAGCUUGAGAAGGUGGCAUGAUUAAAUUGUCGCGUUACACGUUUGAAAAUGACGUUUGAAAACUUGACUCAAGAAAGAAACGUGCUGUCGUCGAAUGGAAUGAUAAUCGAUCAAUUACAGACGAAAAUCGUCAUAAAAAAAAUAUUCUUCUGUAUUGAUGUACGAUAAGAAGUUUACGUUUUCGUGGAGUUGUAUCUGUGGAAAGUGAGUGCACAGACUUUAUUGUAUGUAUAUAUAUGUAUAUGUGUAUAUAUAUAUAUAUGUGUGUAUAUAUAUGUAUAUAUAUAUGUAUAUGCAUAUAUCUCUCUGUACCCAGAUCAGGAUCAGUUUGCAGCAAGACGGCAAUACACGUCCUAGGACGCACGGCGCACGUUUUCUUGAUCACGUCGCAAAGAAGAUUUAGAGAAAGAGAGUGUAAGGAAACAGUUCGUGAAUGGGUUACGAUUAUCGCAAUUUCAUAAUAUAGUAACGAAGGAACUGAUGAAAUGUGCGGCGGUAUAAAUGUUCCCCGUUUAUCCGAACAAUAAGGAAACGAAAUGACACUUACCGAUUAUGAACAUACGGAUCUACGCAUGCCUAUGUCGCACCUAUGUAUCGCGACAAGGGACAGCUCCAUGUAUAUUGAUCGUUUUGUCGAUGAUGCAAGGUCAUGGUGAAACUUGUGCGACGAAAUAGAAAACUGUUGUUUAUAGAUAUCGCACAAAUCAUCAUGAUCUAGCUUUACUCACGACGAGUAUCAAUCAUUAGAUAUAUAAUAUAAGAUAUUGCUUGUGAAGCGCGCGCGUGAAAGGUCAUUAGACGGAUAAAACGUUCGGAAACUUUUCACGCCUAGACAGAUUAUAUUGGACAACUGAACCGCAACCUAUACUAUCGCAACGUACGAAAAGGAAAAAAAGAAUUGUAUAUUCUCUGCUUUCGUUGCAGUUAAAGCUUUGUUAUAAAGAUAAAGCCCAUGAAAAUAAAUAGUAGUAUUCACAGGAUACUAUCGUUGCCCGAUUUAUUGAGCAAAGAUAGCGUGGCUAUGCCCGUCUCGCCCGGUUUUCGAGAGGAAUUUAGGCAAUGUUGAGAUAAUCGGAUGUCAACCAUCAACAAAAACCACGAUAACUGCCAGUCGUACUGACGACCACUAUCCUUGAACUCUGAGAAUUUUUCAUGUCGUAUUCGUGAUAUGUCUGUGUGAAUAGUGAAACAUGUAUUAGAAGAAGAGACACUUAACACCCAUACGUAGGCUUGUUAAAAAUUUAACACACUUCAAUGAAUUUAGGGAAUAUCGACUAGAGAAAGGAUAAACUUGCGAUUAUCCCCUUUUAUCCUGUUAUCUUUUCUCCGAAGCGUUGAGAAUUUCAAGAAAAUUACUAAAAAAUGAAUUUAAUGUAAAUUAACAUGAAGCCACGAUAUGUGAAUUAUAAAAAUGGCUGCAACUCUUUUGUUGUUAUAAAGAUAUAUUAAUUCUUGAUGAAGACUAUCUGAGUGGUGUGGGCAACAUAUACAAUAUUUUAGAAAAGAAAAAAUGUUGUGUUGCAGUCUCAAAGAUAUGGAAUUAGUAGUAAAUGCUUCUCUCUUAUGUUAUCAUCUUAAUUUUCUAGUACUCGUUUGGCAUUACUGUUGUAAUUUAUUCUUAAAGACGUAUAAAUAUCAAUAUCACUAAUAUGAUUAAUUUGAUAUAUGUAAAAUACAUGUUUUUAUGUAAACCAUUGAAACUUUGUCUGAGACCAAGAUCUAGUGUAUUUAUAUCUUUAAAAACAUGCUCAUCUUUUUUGUGUUAUUUUAAUGACUGAUUAUAUUAAAUAAUGGUACGGUGUACGCGAGUACUGGAAAAUCGAGUUCUAUCCUAAGCAUUAAUCACCGCGAUCGCUAUUACCACUUCGAUCAUUAGCAUCACCAGCAGUUGGAUCAUUAUCAGCAGCAUUGUAACAGUAGUGUAGGAGUAGAAGUAGCAGUGGUAAUAGUUGGUGUUUACGGAGUAUGCGCGGUUGUAAUAAUGAUAGUAUUAAUAAUAAUAGCAGCAAUAGUAAUUGCAGCGAUAAUAAUAGUAGCGAUACCACCAAUCACCACAGCAGUAGCAUUAUGAUAACGUUCAUCUCAGUGUCUUUCUUAAUUUUAAUUGAAACAUUUCUGAUUUAUCUUUAUUGAUGUUCUUAUCACUUUUUUUUAUCUAACAUGCGUAUCUCCGAAGAUAGGGAGAAUAUGCCAUUAUUAUUAUUGCUAUCAUUGCUUAUCGCUUUCGCCGUUAUAAUCCCUUCAUUAUUUUAUUAUCGUUUUAACUUAUUAUUUGUGUUCUAUUUUCUUCACUAUUACUGUUAUAAUUGGUUUGAUUUAUCACCGUUGCUAUUAUCAUAUAUACACAUACAUUACUAUAUUAUUAUUAUAUACUAUCAUCAUCAAGGUCAUUAUCAUUUAGUGCUGCUAUGGUAUUAUAGUACUACCGUUAUUAUUACUAUUACCAUUACUCUGCUAUUACUAUUAUUACUUAAUAUUUACUAUUACUACUUACUGUUACUACUAUUACUACGGUCAUUUUCUAUUAUUACUACAACUACCACCACUGCAACAACUUUAUCACUAUUACCAUUAGUACGACUGCUACUAUAUAUUGUUUUAUAUUAUUUUAAUUAUAUUAUUUUUAUUAUUAUUAUAUAAUUAUGGUUAUUAUUAAUGCACGUGUACACUCAAUGGAUGAUGACGGUGAAGAAUAGGAUAAAAAAAAGUAAGUAACUGUGGAUAAGUAUGUUAAAUUGUAUGGGUAUGUCUCACACAUAGGGUACUCGACAAAUUUUAUUAAAGAUAUUAAAAAUCUGUUUAAUAGCAUCUAUUAUAGCUUAACUGCGACGUGAUGGAUUUUGUUGAUAUCACAGUUGAUGGUCUGUCGUAUUACAAUAUAAUCGCUUAUAUAAAAAAAAAAUAAUUUAAUAUUUAAAUAAUUAUAAUAUGGCCAUGUUAUAAUUUAUAAGAAUGUGAUAUAUAUUUAUGCAAUAUCGUAUUUAUGAUUUUUUUUUCAUGUUCUUGUGCUCUUAUUUUUCUUUAGCAAACAGCAAAAGUAUUAAAUAAUAUCUUUUCGAUUAAGAUUAUUCUUAUUAAUAACGACAUGAAAAUUGUUGGUUUAUUUUAUUAUAAAGACGAAAUUAUAAAGUAAAAUACUGUACAUUUUCUUGAACAUUUAAUAUCUUAAGUAUUAACGUGAAAGAGAGCUUAAAAGUAAUACGACAGAUCUGUUUACCUAUCGCAGGCCGUCUGUAAUUAUACCGAUCUGUAGUUAGAAAUAUGACGAACACUACUUAUACAUUUACGUGCUAAAACGUGAAAAUAAAAUAGUAAACGGCAAUUUGCUACUA